AUGUUGGGUCAUUCUCUUGCCCUAGCUCUGGCGACUACCACGUUGCCGGGACUUGUUUCAGCGGCCCCUAGUGGUACCGAUGCUCCCGUUGUCACACUUCGGAAUGGCUCCUACUACGGCAUUCACAACUCGGCCUAUAACCAAGAUUACUUCUUGGGCAUGCCAUAUGCGCAACCACCCCUCAAGGAUCUACGCUUCAGACAUCCCCACUCCUUAAAUACGACUUGGGAUGGACUUCGUAAUGCAACGGAGUAUCAGUCCAAGUGCUACCAGUAUGGGUAUCCGACAGGACCACUCACAGGGGGCUCUGAUGACUGUCUUCAUCUAAACGUCAUCCGCCCCUCAGGAGUCGCGGAUGAGAAGCUUCCUGUGCUUGUCUGGAUUCACGGCGGCGGUCUUGUUGGAGGCUUCAGCGGUGAUCCUGGCAAUAACCUCACUUACCUUGUCGACGAAUCUGUCAAGAUGGGAUCACCAAUCGUGGCUGUGUCAAUCAACUAUCGCUUGGCUGCCUGGGGAUACCUGUGGAGCAAGGCAAUCAAGGAGGCGGGAGAGGGAAACAACGGCUUCCGAGAUCAAAGAUUCGCCUUGCAGUGGAUCCAGGAAAACAUUGCGGCAUUUGGUGGCGAUCCUGACAAGGUUACCAUCUGGGGUCAGAGUGGAGGUGCCCGUGGCGUUGCGUCCCAGUUGACGGCUUAUGGUGGAAGAGAUGAUGGGCUAUUCAGGGCAGCCAUCCUCGAGAGUGCAACAGGAUUUCACACAGCCUUCCGUGAGGAGACUGUCAAAGACGCUCUUGACUGGGAUAAGGGAUAUGCUCAGCUGCUCAAGCUGACGGGAUGCGAAUCAGCCAAGGAUUCCCUACAGUGCCUCCGAGAGGUUCCCUCUCUUGAGUUGGCCGAGAAGAUUGGAAAUAUCACAUUCCCUGUCUAUCUCGAUAUCGUCGACGGCGACUUUAUCCAAGAUGACCGCUCUGGGCUGGUUCGACAAGGAAAGUUUGCUCACGUACCUGUUAUCAACGGCGCUGCAACAGACGAUGGCGAUUUCUUUGCUCAGAAGGGAAUCAACACGACAACAGAGUGGGAAGCCUAUCUACGCAAAGAGGGAGCGAGCAACAGCACCAUUGAGGCAAUCUCGGCUUUGUAUCCAGACAUUCCCCGUGUCGGUCUCCCUGCUACUUUUGAAGGACGCCCAACAGGCGAGUUGGCAUCUUAUGGUGCUCAAUGGAAGCGUGCAUUGGCCUUCGGUGGAGACAGAGCCAUGCACGCACCAAGAAGAGCUUGGGUCAAGACUUGGGCUGCUGCAAACCUCUCUGCAUACAGUUACCGCUUCGAUGUUGUGUCUGGAGAUCGUAAUCCAGUCCAAGGAGCAGGUCACUCAGUUGACCUCCCUUUUGUCUUCCGUAACACCGAUCGCCUAGCUCAACUCAACGCCACAGAGCCAAUCCCCGGUUCCUUCAACGCCUUGGCGGUCUCGAUCUCGAGAAAGUGGAUCAGCUUUGCGGCAAACCUGGAUCCCAACUUUGAGGGGAUGCAGGGUGAGAAGUGGCCGGCGUAUGAGGAAGAAGGGGGAAAGAACCUUGUGUUCCAUAUCAAUGACACUUCUUUGGUACAUGUGGAGGAUGAUACUUAUCGGACGGAGCAGCUCGAGUAUUUGAACAAGAAGUUGUGGAAGACUGGCUUGGAGGAGGGAAAAUAA